AUGACUGGGGAAGAUUUGCUCAAAGACACUACCAGCGUCAAGCCGGAACUUGUCUUACAGCACUGUUUUAAACAAUACAAACUCAGAGAUUUGUAUCCAAAGUUUUUCUUUAAAGUGAAACCAAGUAAAUUUGGGCCACCCAAAUCCAGACGUCGCAUUAUUAUCGCACCUCCAAUGGUAAGACCAGCUUCUGAUGGUUCAAAACCCAUUCAGAUCACUGCCAUCGAUGCAAAGGAGGAAGCUGCUGCCUGGCAAGUGACCCCUGAGGUAGAAAGCUGUCCCCACACUCCAGAAGAACCUUCAGAGGCAGGAGAUGAUCUACCAAAGCUGGAAGCUUGGAUAAUGGAAAGGAGAAAGCUCCGGUCUCAACUGGAUAGCCUUGUGGAUGUUGAAAAAUGGCUAAGUCAAAAACUUUGCACCACUGAGCAAGAAGAUAGAGUCCUGGAAAACUUACAAAACUGCAGAGCAAUGAGGAAGGCUGAAAGGCAGUUAGCUGCGACCAGAAAUCUUGAAAACCUGCUGCCAAAGCAUGACCUGCCUCCUCGAAGAAGAGUCAUCCCCAUUAUCAACGCUCCCUAUCCCCAGUCCCUCAUCACCCUGCAUAACCUUCUGCACAAACAAAAGCUCAAGAUGGUGGACUUAUUCAGGAAGGCGGAUAAGGACAAGAAGCAGUUCAUGAGAUCAGACUUCAUUAAAGUUAUCAAGGGGGCCAAAGUCCCUAUCAGUGACAAUGACCUGGAAGAUGUGAUCAUCUUCCUUACUUCUUCAAAACGUGGGAAUUUUAUAACCAGUGACGAUCUGGUUGAAUGUCAAAAUAUAUGGCUGGAUACAAUGAGAGAUCAGACGAAACAACCUGGGGAGGCAAAAACAGCAUGUCCCCGAUUUCACACCCGAAAAGCUGUUUCUAAAACUGUUAGUCGUCCAGCAUCUGCUGCUGGCAAAACCAAAUUGACACAGCCACUAGCUCCUAGUGAACCUGGAGCAAAGUUAACACUGUUAGAAGUUCCUCCUAUCCACACCGAACCGGAUCACAGACCUCUAACCUAUGAGGAAAUGGAGGAGAUUGGGAAGAGAUGCAGAGAUAGGAAACGAUGGGAGAAGGCCAAGGUCAAUCCAAUACAAUGGCUGGAACGCUGUCGACUGGUGAGAUCUGGAAACAAGGCCAUUGAUGAACAUUGCUUGCCAUCUACAAUGGAGAGUGAAAUGGGGGAAAUAAUUGAUCAGCAUCGAAGGACCUGCUACAUGGUCUAUCUGCAGUGUCUCAAAUUAUGCAAAGAAUAUAACAUUCCACUUACCGAAAAGGUCCUGGAAAAAGCCCUGCUGUACCCAGGAGACAAAAUAAUAAAAGAAGGAGCAUAUGUGCGGAAGAUCAGACAGCCGGGGGGUCCCUAUACAACGAUGGAUGGGAGUCACCACCAAAGACGACUGCUUUUAAGCAGACAAGGAUUAAGAAAUGCAUUAAAAAGGAACGCCAAAAAUGGAAUGCAUGGUACAGGGAUUAAGGGGCAACUACAUGGAAAGCAGAAGGCAUACAGAGGCAGCUGGAUGUCAUUUGAGGAUUAUGAACAGUUAACAAGACGUCUGCAUGCGAAGUGGUCUAAUCUGAGCUACAAGUCUCACGACAAUAACUUCUGGCCAGGUCACCUUCUGGACAAGCUGCGUAUUUACCUCCCACAGAUAGAGCCUAAUCAGGAGCAUGCCCUGUUCAGCUAUGUUCAUCCAACACCACCUGUCUAUCCUGGCGUCUACAACCCACAUCGCAGCUGGCCAAUCAGUGACCAGGGAUACGUGACCUAUGGAAAUACUGAGACUCAAAAGUAUUGA